AUGAUGAAGCAGGAUGCAAAUUCGCUGCUGGGGGCUUGGGAGAGCAAUGAAGCGUUCGGUAAUACGGCGCUGGACUGGUCUCAAGCUGUAAAGGAUCAACAUGCUCGGUUGCAGCUCACAUUUGAGCCUGGUAACGUCUACAAGUUCCGUUUGAUGUCGAAAGAUGGUGCAACAGACGUCACGUCGAACUUCCGUCAUGCUGUAGCGAACGAGGGCAGCUACGAGUUGGAGGGUGACGACGGGAUUGUCAUUCAUGGAGACACAUCCGGCAUCAAGUGGACAUAUCUAUUCGAGGAAGAGGAAAGCCUAAGGAUCAGGUUGGAAGGAGCGAAGCGCUUUGGUCGAUGCAAGGGCGUGGAUGUCAUCUACUUUGCCAGAGCGCAAUCAAAAGAGCAACUUAAAGAUCUGUAG